AUUGCUAAACAUUCUGUGCGUAUGCACUCACUAUUCACGUUAUCGUUUUUACUGAACACUUUGCUUGAAGCUGGAAAAAUUGAACGAGACACCGUGGAUGCGGUAGCAAAAUAUAUAGCGGCAUGUCAGAUCAAUAGCGAUGGAACUUUUGCAAACGACAAGCCACAAGUUGUUAAUGAUUUUGUUCGCACAAGAAUGCCUUACGAAAGUCGUGCCAACUUGGCUAAGUGUGAACUAGCAAAGCAACUCUUCCUUUUGAUGUCCACCAAGAAGACGAAUUUAUGCUUGGCAGCCGAUUUAACAAAAUGUGAGGAAAUUUUGGAUGUUGCCGAGAAAUGUGGGCCAUAUAUAUGUGUGCUUAAAACACAUAUAGAUAUAGUAGAAGAUUUUAGUCAGGAUUUGAUAAGGCAACUUCAAAAUUUGGCAAAGAAACACAAUUUCUUAAUAAUGGAAGAUCGUAAGUUUGCUGAUAUAGCCAAUACAGUGUCACAUCAAUACAGAGAUGGUAUAUAUAGAAUCUCUGAAUGGGCUGAUUUAGUAACAGCGCAUUCUUUGUCUGGUAGAAGCAUAUUAGUUGGACUUAAAGCUGGUGUCACUACGGCGGAUAGUAAAAAUCGUGGUGUUUUUCUUUUGGGAGAAAUGUCUGCACCAGGAAACUUGAUUGAUGACAAAUAUAAGGAAACAACAAGCAAAAUUGCAACGGAAGGCAGUUUUGUUGACUUCGUGGCUGGAGUUGUUUGCCAGUCAAAAGAAUGUUUUUCGUUUC